AUGGCGCAGCACAUGGCCCCUCCUCCUCAGCAGCAGCAGAUGCCCUCGCAGCAGCAGGUGUACAACCCUGAGCCGGAGGCACUGCGCAACCUGAUGGUGAACUAUAUCCCCACCACCGUCGAUGAGAUGCAGCUCCGCCAGCUGUUCGAGCGCUAUGGCCCCAUCGAGACCGUCAAGAUAGUGUGCGACCGCGAGACGCGCCAGAGCCGCGGCUACGGCUUUGUGAAGUACUGCUCCGCUGCGUCCGCGCAGCAGGCAGUGAACGAGCUGAACGGGUUCAACAUCCUGAACAAGCGCCUGAAGGUUGCGCUCGCCGCGUCGGGAAACCAGCGACAGCGCCCCUACAACGCCGCGCCGCCGGGCGCGAACCCCGCUGCGAACAUGGGCUACUACGGCGGCAACUUCGCGCCGACCGGCUACCCGCAGGCGAACCCGUACGCGCAGCAGCACAUGAUGGCGAUGCAGCAGCAGUACAUGAUGCAGCAGUCAGGCCAGCAGCCCCGCCAGUAA